UCUGUCUUUGUGACUUACAGCUGACAGCAGGUUUUUGGGCAGCUUCGUAUCCACCUUGUUCUCAGCAAUUCUGUCCACAUUAACUGCACGAUCAUGUCCAACCUCGCACCACUUCUUCUCAUUGGUGGCCAUGGAGGAAAUGCUUUUGACUUCAAUGGUCUGAAUAACGGAGCAACACUGCAAAAGAUAUGGGUGUGGGUCGGUGGCUGGCAGAUAAAAGCCAUCAAGGUCUGGCUUACUGAUGGCCGAUCCACGCAGGUUGGAGAACCUAGUGGGAACCAUUCUGAAUUUAUAUUUCAAAAUGGUGAACACAUCACCUCUCUCUCACUGUGGGGAAAUGGAGCUGGAACUCGUGUGGGUGCCAUCAAAUUCAAGACGAAUAAAUCCCGAGAGUUCUUCGCACACAUGACAGACUGGGGACUGAAGACAGAAUACCCAGCUGAUGUGGGUUCUGGGAUCUGCGUGGGAAUCACCGGAGGUGCAGGUGCAGAUAUUGAUUGCUUAGGCUUCAAGUUCAUCAACAGCAUCAGGUCUACUGUGUUGAAGAACGUGCACUAUCCCACUCUUCAUCACAUGAUUCCCAGUGUGUCCGUUGAAGAAAUCAAAUCCAUGACGUAUGAAAACAGCUCUACUGUCAUGCAAGAAUACAAAAUUGAAACUUCAAAAACUCUCAGUAAAAAGUCCUCCUGGUCGGUGACCAACAAGAUGGAAUUCACCUUCAGCAUGGAAGUGAAGGCAGGAAUUCCAGAGGUUGCAGAAGUAUCGACUGGAUUCAGUUUCACACUGGGAACUGAAAGCACAUACGGUCUGGAGAACUCUGAGCAGAAAACCGAGCUGCUGUCAUUCCCUGUCCAAGUUCCUCCAGGAAAAAAAAUGAAAGUAGACAUCACAAUUGGUCGAGCCACAAUUGAUCUCCCCUACACUGGCACAGUCCAAAUUACCUGCCUCGAUGGCAGCGUUCUGGAGUUUCAAACCAGUGGAGUCUACAAGGGCCUCACCUACACCGACGCUAAAACAGUUGUGAAAGAAAGAUAAGUCAGUUUCUGUCUGUUGUUCCUGAAAAAGUGAGCUAGACUUUCUUUUUAAAAAAGAAAUGUACAAUGUUCUACAAAUGUUCUUAAAGUUCAAAUGCUUGAAAAAUGUUCUUAGUGCCACUGAUGGUGUGUUGAAUCUAAUAUCCUUUUUUGCCAUGCAUUAUCUGAUUCAGAGUCUUAUCUGAGUCUUUUUCCCUACUGCUGUGAAAUCUGAACUCUUUUUCAGCAUUAAACUUCUAACGGAUCUGUGUAGGUGUCUUUGUAUGGAAUGAAUUCUAGAUGACAGGUUCAGGAUCUAUGUAACCCUGGCUGUGGUGUUGUUUGAGGAUUUAAAUAAAAAUUGUGGGCUACUGGCUACAUGUGUCACACA